AGUUACACACCCUCAUCUUUCUUGUCAACCACUUUGCGGGAGUUGAAGCUGUGCUGUGACCAAGCGUUUCUGCAAAGUAUACAACCAACCACCGUUGGGAAUACCAGGGCAACCAUGUCUGACAGAAAGGCGGUGAUCAAAAAUGCGGACAUGUCCGAGGAGAUGCAACAGGACGCCGUGGAGUGCGCCACGCAGGCUCUGGAGAAGUACAACAUCGAGAAGGACAUAGCUGCAUACAUCAAGAAGGAGUUUGACAAGAAGUACAACCCCACUUGGCACUGCAUCGUUGGGAGGAACUUCGGCAGCUACGUGACUCACGAGACCAAGCAUUUCAUCUACUUCUACCUGGGCCAGGUAGCCAUUCUGCUCUUCAAGUCAGGCUAAGGGGCCCUGCGCCUUGCCCCCAUCAACUGACCAUUAAACAGUGACUGACUGGACAGAAAGGCUCUAUCAUUCCUGGCCAACGGGCUCUGCCCUCUUCUGUGCUGCUUUAAACUUUGUUCCCCUUUGUUUAUGGAAAAAAAACUACAAAAAAAAACAUGGCCAUGUGAAACAAAUGAAAUCACUUGUAUUUAUUUUUGUUUUUCUAUCACAUUAGAUUUGAUGUCUCAGAUUUCUUUUUUGUAAUUAAAGCAAUGUUUUUGGCUGGGUA